CUGCUGGAUGCUGGUGGGCUGCUAUCGCCUCUUCAAUUGACUUCGCCUUUCUCUCUUCCACCUCUCUUAGCUUCUCUAUAUCGUUUCAUUCAUUGUUUAAUAUUCUCCCUUUGUCGCCCAUCCCAUAUUCCGCGCGUUGCAGCCUUGCUCCAUCGUCAUCUCGCAUCCAUACUACCCCCGAGCAUACAUCGCCGCCAUGUCUCUCGAUCCACCAACCUACCUGGCCUCGCUGCAGAGCAACAUUCGCCAGCGGCCGAUUCCCUGGGACGGCGCCGUCCGAGCGGGCAGCCUUACGGAAGACCAGUUAUCCAAGAUCCGCGCCGUCGACAAGGCGAAGAAGCCCGAGCAGAGGAAGGAGAUUGUCACGGCAGACCUCGACGGAUAUCGACUGCUGUUUGUUGGCGGCAAUGGCAGCCCCAGCGUGUUGGAAAAGGCAGGAAAGAAUGCCAACCUUGUCCAGUAUAUAUUGGUUCUGCUAGCCGACCUGCUCGAUGCCGUACCGUCGCUCGCCAAGGCACUCUUAAAAUCUCCUGAGCCAUACCAGCAUUUCUUACCACUGUUCCGCGCCCACUCCAACGAAGACCCAAUCCCGCUGCUUACUGCACACGCCUUGUCGAAUCUCAUGGCUCUCGCGCAGGAUGAUUCUAGAGCCACCGUCCUCUCGCUUCCCCUGAUCUUUACCUACCUGUCCGGCCUGGCUCAGAGCUCCGAUGCUGGCUUGCAGGAUUUUGCUGUGCAAGAGUAUUCGUCCUUGCUGUUCGGUCACGUUCCCCGGGAACACUUUUGGAAGCAGCACACCGAGACCGUUGCGCCACUCGUCAGCAUCCUCCGAGCUGCUGCCGGCGUUGGCAAUGGAGGCGACUCAUCAGCUAGUCUCUGGAGCGGCACUACUAGCAUGCGCGGCUUUGAGGGCUCAUUGAGUGGAGGCGUUGGUCUGCAGCUUCUAUACCACGUUCUCAUGGUCUUAUGGCAGCUGAGUUUUGAAUCCGAGGAGAUUGGAGAUGAGCUGAAUGACGAAUACGAUAUUAUUCUUUUGUACACUCACCUUCUCCGACUAUCGCCCAAGGAAAAGACAACUCGGUUGAUUCUGUCCACUCUAUACCAUCUGCUCGAGAAGAACCAGAAGACCCUUCUCCCCACUGCCGUUCUCGCCCGCCUGCCUGCACUGCUGGAGAAUCUCAGUGGCCGUCAUCUCACUGACCCUGACUUGCUUGAGGACCUUCAGAGCCUGAAAGAGCUGCUCGAUGAAUACACCAAGACAAAGACUACCUUUGACGAGUACGUGGCUGAAGUCCAGUCUGGCCACCUCCGCUGGUCACCACCUCACCGCAGCACCGUCUUCUGGGCUGAAAACGCAAGAAAAAUUCUCGAGUAUCAGAACGGCGAGGUUCCUCGCAAGCUAGCCGAAAUCAUGCAAAAGCCCUGGGAUAACGAUAAGCAAGUUCUGGCUAUUGCAUGCAACGAUAUCGGCUGCCUUGUGAAGGAGGUCCCCGAGAAGCGAUCACAGCUAGAAAAGGUCGGCCUGAAGAGACGGAUCAUGGAGCUCAUGGCAUCCGACGAUGAGAAUAUUCGAUGGGAAAGUCUGCGUGCGUUGGGAGGAUGGCUAAAGUACAGCUUUGAAUCGAACUAAUGGAUGGGCCAUCAUUAUUGACCGGACCCUGCUAAUUUUUUAUUGAGUCCGUCUUGGCGGCAGAAGCGACUGUAUUCACCUAGAACUGGGGAGGAGCUCGACUUGUUCUUUAUUCUUGUUAUUUGUUAUUUUAUUUGGAUGCCUCUGUAGAUGCAGUAUCACUUGGGGCAUCGCUUGCGUUUGGCAUAACUCUGUACCUACCGCCGAGCUUGGGGAUUAGUUAGACCCUGGCUCUGACUGUGUAUGAUGACAAUAAAGACGCAAAAUUCUUG